CUUCUCGCCGCUUUUCCUUUAACAAAUUAUUUGAAUCUAAAAGUUCAAACUGAUUUGUUAAGGGGAAGAUUGAGCUUUAAACCAUGGCAAAGAUCUCCUUCUUGCUUUUCGCUAUGGCCCUUAUCGCCUUUCUCCACGCUUACGAAGCUCGCCACGUGGCAAAAUUCGACGAAGCAGCAUUUGUAAAAGACUUGCAUAAAGCCGAGGCCAUGAUCGAGGAAGAGGUAAAGGCCAAAAGAAUGAGCAUUCAAGGUUUGACAUCUGAGGUGAAAACUUUGAGCAAAUCCAAAGUCGUGUUGAGUGAACUUGGAACCGCUCACAAAAAGGAUAUGAACUUAAAGCCUUACGAAAAGAAACUCAAAAAGAUCAGCAGGGUUGCCACCCUUAAGAAAGCACCACCAGCUAUUGCGAAAAAGAAGAAGCCUGUAUCCAUCAUCCAAUCGAUUUUGAAGGACUUCGGAUUAAACGGAGGGAAAAAUUGACACACAAACGAACACAAAUAAAAUAAUAAUUAGGGUAUGAUUAUUGUUUUCAUGUGUUGAAAGGGGGUUUGGACUUGUCCAUGGAGUUUAGCUUUACAAGUGAGAGGAGCGAAUAAUUCUCACAUAUUUGGUACAUUAGUUGCAUCAUAUUGUAUUGUACCUAAUACAAUUGAAUGAAAUAUUAAUACUACAUUAUUACUAGUGA